CGACUCUAGAUGGAGGUGUGGGGCUCCUCCUCCCCAUGACGGAGAAAACCUACCGCCGGCUGCUGAUGCUGCAGAAUGCUCUGAACACGUUGCUGCAGCACCACGCCGGGCUCAACCCCAAAGCCUUCAGGAUGAUGCACUGCGACAGACGAUGUCUGCAGAACGCCGUGAGGAGCAUCCUGGAUGGAGAACUGCUCAACAAGUAUUUGUACCUCAGCUCCAUGGAGCGCAGCGAGCUGGCCAAGAAGAUCGGCACCACGCAGGAGAUCAUCCUGGACGAUCUUCUGGACAUCGACAGAGUAACGGCUCAUUUCUGAGUCUCGUCUCUUUGCUGUUUCCUCGUCAGUGAAGUUUUGAUUCCAUGUUUCUGAAAUCCUUGUUUCAUAAAACAACUCAUCUCCUUUUUUCUAGAAUUGUUUUUGUAUAAAAAACUGAAACCAG